AUGUCUCAGGACGUUGCUCUCGCGGCCUUGCGUUCGAAGAUUGCCGCCGUGUUGCCCAGCCACAUGCGGUCAUUGCAAUGGAUGGCCCUGACGGGGCUUCCUACAGCAUCUAACUACAAGGCCGACCGGAGAAGGCUUUCAGGACCUGGCAAUUUCCCAGGGAAGGAUCAGGACUUCCUGACGAUUGGAGGAAACUCGAUUCUAGCCAUCAAAGCCGCACGGGAGCUGUUUCACUUCCACACAGCAACCGGGACGAGGUCGGCUAUCAGUACUGUCAUUCGGUUCACUUUCACCGGCGUCAUCGAUACGGAAGCCCUCGCGGAGUCCUUCAAAGUCGUUCAGCGCGAGAACUCCAUCAUGCGAGCUCGUUGGUGA